UACGGCCGUUGGCUAACGUGGAAGCCAGACCCGCCGGCCGGCUAAGGGGCAGGGAGCGCGCUGCCUGGGCGAGUCGGGCGCGCGGAACGGCGGCUUUGGGGGCUUCUCCGCACGGCUCGGCCUUUCCCGGGAGCGGGCGAUGGGGCGCGCGAGCGCCGAGGAGCAGGCGCCGGUGUAGUCCUCGCGGCGCCCGGCCCGGGAUCGCGGCGGCGGAGGCGGCGCGGGGCGCGGGGAGGCCUGUGAGGGCCGCCGCCCCGAGUGCCGGGCCUCCCGCGCCAUGGCCCCCAUGGGCAUCCGCCUCUCCCCGCUGGGGGUGGCCGUGUUCUGCCUGCUGGGUCUCGGCGUGCUCUACCACCUCUACUCGGGCUUCCUGGCCGGCCGCUUCAGCCUAUUCGGCCUGGGCGGCGAGCCGGGCGGCGGAGCGGCGGGGCCCGGGUCCGCGGCCGACGGGGGCACGGUGGACCUGCGGGAGAUGCUGGCUGUGUCCGUGCUGGCGGCCGUGCGCGGCGGAGACGAAGUGCGGCGGGUCCGCGAAAGCAACGUCCUCCAUGAGAAGUCCAAGGGGAAGACGCGCGAGGGGGCCGACGACAAGAUGACCAGCGGGGAUGUGCUGUCCAACCGCAAGAUGUUCUACCUACUCAAGACAGCUUUCCCCAACGUGCAGAUCAAUACUGAGGAACACGUGGAUGCAGCUGAUCAGGAGGUUAUCUUAUGGGAUCGUAAGAUCCCCGAGGACAUCCUAAAGGAAAUAGCCACUCCUCAGGAAGUACCAGCAGAAAGUGUUACUGUCUGGAUUGACCCACUUGAUGCUACACAAGAAUAUACGGAGGAUCUUCGAAAGUAUGUUACUACUAUGGUAUGUGUGGCUGUAAACGGUAAACCUGUGCUAGGAGUGAUACAUAAACCGUUUUCUGAGUAUACAGCAUGGGCGAUGGUUGAUGGCGGGUCGAACGUGAAAGCCCGCACUUCUUACAAUGAGAAGACCCCCAGGAUCGUUGUGUCUCGCUCGCAUUCGGGGAUGGUCAAACAGGUUGCCCUUCAGACUUUCGGGAACCAGACCACAAUCAUCCCGGCCGGCGGUGCAGGUUACAAAGUUUUAGCACUCUUGGAUGUGCCUGAUAAGAGUCAGGAAAAAGCUGAUCUGUAUAUCCAUGUGACAUAUAUCAAAAAGUGGGAUAUAUGUGCUGGCAAUGCCAUCUUAAAAGCCCUCGGGGGGCAUAUGACGACGCUGAGUGGUGAAGAAAUCAGCUAUACCGGCUCUGACGGCAUCGAAGGAGGGCUCCUCGCCAGCGUCAGGGUGGAUCACCAGGCUCUGGUCAGAAAGCUCCCCGAUCUAGAGAAGACGGGACAUAAAUAGCAAAGCCCGUUAAGGUCCCAGCCCUCCAGAGCUGGACAGUCAGCUGAAACACUGGAGGCUUCAAAGCGAUGGUGAAGACUAUGCAUGGUUAAGGCCAACCUGAACUUUCGGAAGUAUUUAUGAAGCAUCAGAGACUUCUCUUCCCUAUUAAGAGGAUGCAAGAUCAGGGAAGAUGGGUUGCUUCGUGUCUCAAGUAUUGUCUUUAUUUUUGAGACUAUUUUCGUACAGUUGUCAUACACAAGGAGCAUAUAUAAUAUAUAUUUGUGAGUUAAAACCUAUAGCUGAGUCUAUGUUGUUACGAGUCACCAUUUUCACACAAUAUCAUGAAUCUUCACUGUUGGUACCUUCGUAUAGAAUUGGGAUGAAGAAAGGAUUGAUUUUGUGUAGGUGUUUAAUAUUACUUUACGGUUAUAUCUCAUUGAAAAUAAAAUAGUUGGGGGUUUUUACCCCUAAUUCAGAUGGAAAGCACAAGAAGCUACAAAUUCAUUAAUAUGCAACAGUUGCUCUAUUUAUCUGUUACUGAAUAUUUCUCAUGGAUUAAAGUAGAAAAACUUGUUUUUUUUCCUUUGAAAUUUUAAUAACAGGUUCACCAGCUAGUAGAAAAUAUAGCUAUAUGAUGGUUCCGCUGUAAUUGUAAUUUCUGUGUGUGUGUGUGUUAGGUUUGCUCUUAUAGAGAAAAGUGUGCUUGUAUCUAUGGGUUCAGCAUCCCUGUCAUCCUGCCGAUGGUUUUCACUUGCCCUGUGCACAAUGCGUGGUUCCAUCCUUUCCCUCUUAACUGGCGUUUAGUUCCUAACUUGUAAGAUUUGGAUUGAGGUUUCACAGUUGGCAUUAGAAUUUUGGUACAUUUUCUCAUGAGGCAUAAAAUAUGCUAUAAGGCAUUAUAAAAAUAUAAGGCAUUCUUUUUUUAACUGAGAGUUAUUUGACAUUAACAUGAAUCAAGCUAGCCUUCAUUAUUUUCAAAAGCUUUGUUUUAGUACUUUUUAAAAAAUUUACCAGGUUUAUAUCUGGAGAUUCUCUCUUCAUCAAGAAGUUAAGAUUGCUUUUGCCAUGGUUACUUUAACCAUAAAUAAAUGGAUCUAACCUAACCAGACUCUCAAAGUAGUAACUUUUGAGGUACUUUUUUUUCCCCUUCAGAUUAAAAGAAAUGAAGAUGGAAGUUAUUUAUGAUGAGAUGUUUUCCUGUUCAGAUGUGCCAAAUCUGGUGAGAAAAAAGGUUAUGACACCCACUAUGUUGCUGUGAUCUGAACCUUGCUUUGUGAGCUGCCUUUGGAGGGUGUCUGAUCUCCCUCAGUGUGGAAUCCGGGCCUUCGUGUUAAAAAACACCAGCAUUUCAUGUGACUUUGUCUGCUCGAAUUCCAUUACACUCUGACAGGGGAGGGACUUCUUAGGCUUUCAUGGUUUCUUCUUUUCUCUCUUCUUUUUUUUUUCUUUUUCUCUUUAAAAUGUUUUACCCUAAAUCAACUUUCUGUGUAUUUUCCUAUCUUGGAGGUAAAGACUGACCAAGCCGUAGGCACCCUCAUCUGGUAGAAAAUGCACACUUCCUGAGGCUUGCACGUCACACUGUGCAAAGUCCUUUUAUUCCUCACGGGGGACCAGAGCAAGUGCGAUGCACACGUGCCCACCCAGUCUGCAGCAUGCGGUCACGGGCAGGGGCUUUGUUCAUGAAUAUUCAUUGCAAGUUUGGGUAGUUGGAAUACUUGAUAUUUAAGCAGGACUUUGGAAUUCUGAACAGAAUAUUAGAGACUUCAUCUUUUUACUUCGUUCACAGUAUGAUAAGGAAAUCCUUUCUCGGGAGAGAUGGCAAAAGCAUUGCUGUUUGCACAGAGUCCCGUGGUAUAAGCAUUUGUUUUCAUUGUAGUAUGUCCAGCUUAGGCAAACGGGACUGGCAUCUUAGCAAGCAUGGUUGCUUUGGUUUUUUAAUUUUAUUAAUCCGCGUGUAGAUAAUGGCUUUGUGAAGGGCUUGUGUGCAAAAAAUGAUAUUGACUGAUAGUUAAAUGCAUUAUUUUUAUAAUUUAUUGGUUAUAGUAUAGUACUAAUGAUUUUAAGUGCUUUUCUAAAAAGUUCAUUUUAAGACAUUUUGUUUCUAAAAGUCAAUAUACAUUACAGAACUAAUAUAAGUACAAAGAACAGUAUUUAUAUUUAUUUAGGUAAGACAGUAUUGUGCCAGAAGAUGCCAGCAGAACACUUUCAUGGAUAAGUGAGACAGUACCUCCCAGAAUUACAUCAUUAAAAUUAUUUCUCAAAUGUUUACUUUUAGUGGCUCUCACCUCCCCAACUCAUGGUCUUCCUUUCCCUUGUCUUUGCCCGUAUUCAUAGGACUAUUUUCCUUUAAAAUUGAGUAUUCACAUCACAGAGUAAAAGCAACAUCAGGAACCAUCAGCGGUCCUCUUCCUCUGUCCCUUCAUUUCUGUCCUGCUCCCUAGCCCGUUAAUGUUCUUUUAUUUCUGUUUUUCUUUCUUAACCAGUAUAUUCUUCCCCGACACAUAACCCUGAAUUCUCAAUGUCUCUGUGCUUGGCUGCUGAAAUCUUAAGGUAGAACUGAGACUCGACUAAAAUCCCAGCAGGAGAGAGAAAUCCUGCUUGACCGUUACCUUUCAAAGACUCCUCAAAAAGUAGGUCACCUUCAAAACCACAAAGCUUUACACCAUCAAGUAUAACCCAAGGCUUCUGUCUUUACACAGCAUUUCUCCUGAGCCAUGCUUCAAAGAAAGUGCAGAAAAUACAAGAGUUGGCUGUGUGUGCUUGCUGGAGAAAACCUGUUUUUUCUAUGAGUUUUCAUGCAUGUAUCCGUACUUCACUUGAUAAAGGCCUACAAGAUGGGGCAUGCUUUUCUUUGUUUUCAAGUGUUCCCUUUCCCCAAUUUUAGUGUUUUUUGUUGAUUCUAAAUCAAUGUUGAAUUGUUUACGACCGUCUAAUGAAGUACCAAGCAUCCUGGUUCAUGUGUUUUAAGUAAUAAUUGUGCCAAUUCUUCCUGUUUGCUGGGUGCUUCCUUUGAAUAUUCAGCAGAUUGAGUCAGAGGCAGUGGGAGGGCCAGUGGCUGAGAACAGAGGAGGGAGCUCUGGGGAGGAGGCCCUGUCUCCUGGGUUGAAUUCAAAACAGGCUUUGGAGGUGACAGCUGUCUUUCAGCCUAGAUAUACGUAAAGCUGGAGGGCCAUCCCCUGUUCCUCAGAAAAGGAAACAUCAGCUUGCCUCUCCUUGAGAACAGCUUGACAGUGGACUUCUGUCAACCAUCUUUGGCAGGUUUAAAACAGGAACUAUGGCAUCGAUAGCUGCAAACUACUUGCCUAUGUGUUGAUUGGUCCUGGAUGGAACAAUAAUUUUUCAUUUUCGAUCUUGUUUGCAUUUAAGACUUAUUUAAUUAUUUCCAACCUAUGUCUACAAAAGUCUGCCUUGUAAUUGUUGUGUAAAGUAAAUCUAUGGUUUCAUUUUUAUCCUAAAAAAAGUUGUGCCUUAAAAAUAGGGCAUUGUAUGUUAAUAAGGGAAAGCAAUUUUUUUUUAAUAGAUGGGGAAAACAGGAACUUUUUGCCAUUAAAAUUUAAGUUCUUUUAAUGUUUUUAAUAUUAGAGUUGGGAAAAAUUCAUUAAAAUUAAAAUUAAUACAAAAUUAUUUUUGCAUAAUCUAGCAUUUACAGCUAAAAUACAUUUUUAUAAGAACUGGCAUCUUGAUGUAUAUAGAUCUGAAACAAUACUUAAUCAUUUGGGGUUUUUUUAUUUAAAUUAAUAAGACCAUGAUAGAUUUUUUUUUUUUAAUUUUACUUUUAAGUCAUUGCAGUGUGCUGUUAUUAUCUGUUCCAGUACUCUUAGUCACUUUGGUUUUUAUUUAUUUACGAUACCAUAUCAAGAACUUGUUAAUGUUGAAAAGUACUAUAUGUGACAGAACAAACCAGAACAGUUCCUGGAUCGGGGAGGGUUCGGGUUAGCAGUUACUGAGAGGGCAAGACGGAUUGGACUUUGUGCUUUGAAGAGGUCUUGGUUUUAUGAGGUGCUGGUCAUAUAAGUUGUGUAUUUUUAUUUCGUCAAAGCCUGGCAGGUGUUUGCAUUCCAAUUUACCACCGGGAAGGGCUUACAAGGAAGCUGCUUUUUUAAAAAUUAUUUUUAACGUUGGUUGAUGAAUUCAUUCUGUGGAAAAAUGAGAUUUAUAAAUAUUAGUUUUCCUUUGAGAUAAAAUCAUAUAAACCAAACCUUCAGAAAUUAAGGAUGAUGAAUAAUAUUACAAUUUGUCAUAUACUGUGUUUGUAAGGGUUCCCUCAAGUAUUAAAAUUCAGGUAAUAUGUGUAAAUUGCAAAAGCAGAAACUGUGAUGUUUUGGGUAGUAUGUCAGUUACCAUUCUUUUCGAGGUGUAUGUUAUACAUACAGUAAACUACUAUUCAGCUUUGCUUAUCCUGCAUUUUUUUUAAAAUAAAUACAGCAUCCCAGGUCACCAUUAGAUCUGUUAGCCUAGGAAGACUUCAUCUGGCUCUCCUCAGAUGACCUCUCCUAAGCCCUCUUCAUCAUCUGUGUUCGGUUAAGGUGGCAGUGUGCGUGGACUCUGUGUAAAAUACGGACUUCGUGUUGUACCCUUACAACGGCCAUUGGCAGUAGCCAAAGCCAGCCUCCUAGCCCAUGUCCUGCCAUGAGGAACUGUGGUGCUGUCAGUGUGUGUGCCUGUGCGUGUGUGUUCCCGCUUUGAUGAUUUUUCUUAAGCUACUGAAUGGAUACACGCGAGGGGUUGAGUCUGCACUAAAACUAUGAUGCGACGUUUCCUGUCUACCUGUCUGUGUCCCUGCCUCUUCAAUCUGGGGGUUUUUAAAAAUUACUUCUCACUUCCUUGCCAAGAUCAUAUAAUGAGUUAAUGGUGAGUGGGAUUAAACAAAACUAAAAACAUUUGCACAUCCCUCCCCACCUCACACACUGAAAGCUCUGGAGGAGCUAGACCAUUUGCUGUCGCCAAGACAUGCUUAGACCCCGAAGUUUUCUUUACUCAUCCGUCUCACUCACCACCAAGUUUGGGAGAGUCCCGACCUCAACGUCUAGGAGAGGCUGAGGUGAAUGCUCCUCUUGCCCGGCUUUUAUAGCAGCUUGUGCUCCUCACCGACAGCACUCGUUUUCACACCUACUGGUGGAAACUUCCUUAGCACAGGGAUCAUGUCUGGGUGAUUUUAGUAUUUCCACCUCAACCCCGGCAGCUAGCCCAGUGUCUGGAACAAAGUCAGUGCUUCAUGUCCAUUGAAGUAGAUGGAAUAAGGGGUUUCUACUCUAGCAUCAGCAUCUCUCAGGCCUCAGUUGUGUAAGGCGGUAGGUUGUUUGGUUUCCUCUGCAAACAAUUAUGAUUAUCACCCCACACUCUGUAGAUGAUUUUUAAAACUUUGCUUUCUUCCCUUCAGAUGCUACCCCACGGCCAAUUAGCUCUAGAAAAUGCGGUUACCUCUGAUGAAAUGAUUACCCCCAUUCUACCCCGAUAUACUUUGCCAAAUUGGAAUUUGAAUUUUCUGAAUAAACUGGUCAUGUCUGAAA